AUGUGCAAGCAGCCUGUUCGGGACAAGAGCUGGGUCGCUCCAGCUGCGACUAUCGUGACGGGUUCUCUAGCCCUGAUUUGCGUUCUCGUGAGAGUACACGAUUGUCUAUCUCGGAAGGAGUUCAAGUGGGCCGAUGUGUGCGCAGUUUUAACCUAUAUACCCGCCAUUAUCCUCACCAAAGUCGCCAUCGUCUGCUUCUUCAUGCAGGUCUUCCCCGGCCCCAAAUUCCGCAUGCUAUGCUACGGCACUAUCGUCUGGUGCUUCCUGUUUAUGAUUUCGACAACCAUCGCUGCAAUUCUAGCCUGUGUGCCUGUCGAGAAGCUGUGGACGAACUGGAUGGGAAAUAAUGAAGGGGUGUGCUAUGAUAACAAUGCGUUCUGGUGGACCCAUUCGGCAAUCAACAUCGCCACGGAUCUGUGGAUUCUGGGAAUGCCGAUUCCGCUGCUACUGAAGCUGCAGCUGAAACUGAAGAAGAAGAUAUACUUGCUUCUGAUGUUUUCAGUUGGUACUGUCAUUACGGUCAUCAGUAUCGUCCGCUUUUCCGGUCUUUUAAAAUACUCGACUUCAGCGAACAUCACCUUGUGCUGCUGCAUGCCCGCGAUCCUCUCCGCUCUUCGCCGCACAUUUCCGGGCGUCUUCGAUAGCCAGAACCAGUCACUCCGCUACAAUAGCUCUCCCUUCUCGAGUAAUGCGAUCCAGAAGAUGGUUACCCACGAGGUUACUUAUAUGCCCCGCGCCGCGAACUCGGAUGACGCGAUUGAGCUUGUCAGCCGCGGAAAUGGGUCGGGACCGAAGAAUUCUUGCAAGGUAAUGCGUGUCCAGCCGUCUUAUUUCUGCAAUCCACUCCACACUAAGGAAACGCGGCUGGGACGGCGAGAGAGUAUAACAAGCCUUCGUGGUAUCAACCUCGCCACGCCGCUGGGCGCCGGUUUGGCCUUCCCGUUAAACGGAAUCUUCGCCGGUCAGCGCAGUUCGCCGAGGAUGGAAGUUUUCGGUAAAUUAUCAAUGCUGAGAUGCUCUCGUCUCAUCAAGCGCUAG